CUGGUCGCCAUAUUUCUACCGGGAAAGGAUCAGGCUAAAGGAAACCGGCAGAUAGACGCGAUCCGGGUAGAGUCCGGCGAGGCGCUGGCCAUGCUUGCGCUGGAAAGCAGGACCAACUGCGGCGCCAUAAUAAUGGCUUGCGGCGGAGGCGUGGAGCGGCUGGUCGAGGCCCUGAGUGAUGACGUCGUCGUCAUCGGUGUGGCGAGAAUCCUACUCAACCUGUGCACCUACGCCGGGAACGAGUGGCAGCUUCCCCUCAGAGGAGUCACCACCUGUGCCACCAAGGUGCUGAGUGCCAUCAUGGUCGAGAAGACCAAAAUCCUCAACAUCUUCCUCUGCCUCGCGGUGCAGAUGCUCCGAUUCAUGGAGCCCGGAGACCUGCGGGCGUGCCUGGCGGUGGCAAGUGUGACGGAGAAGGCACUGGUGCAGAUGCUGCUGCAUAUCCUGCGGGAGUACAAGCGCCCAUGCAUGACCAUCCCUUGGAUCCGGCGUUACGCUAUCGAGCUCACAGUGGCCAUGAUGCAAUUGGACCCGCGUUACAUGGCCCUGUUCGUGGAGCAUGGGAUGGAAGGUGUCCUGAGGCACAUCGCUGGCACCACCUCAGAGCUCGAGUGCUUCAACGCUUUCUCCGGGAGCGUCGGUCUCAGCCGCCAUGUCGUCUGCAUUGGAGCUGAUGAAGAUAUCCUGAAGUUUCCUGCAUUGGAGCUUGACUUAUUCAUUCUUGGCGUAUGUACUUACUUUUUUCUGUGAAACUAUUUUUUUAACUCUUCACAUUGUAAGUACACUCAAAUAUUCGUGUAAUCUUAGCAAUGACAUUUCUGUAUUAUAAAAAAGUGCAUCAUCAAAAA